GACCUCAUGAGGACAAGUUUCACUUAGUAUUUUAUGGUUCAACACCUAAAAUGUCUAAAUGAGUGGUCGAUUUGGUGUAAAUGAGCCUUUAGAUCUGUUAGAUGAUCUCCCUGAAGAUUUUUCUAACACCGAAUUUGAAGACGGGAGUGAUCUUGAAGAGGAUGACCUUGCCUGGUUGCGCGAGACUAACGUCAACGAAAAGCACAAUGAGGAAGCUGCAUUCCGUGACUCCGUUCUGCACACUGCAGAUGAUUUACUGACCCAAAACCAGGGUCCCGGUCAACAUGAUCUCGUUGUUCAAGAAGACAGGAACCCACGUAUUAGUCGUUGCAAUCCAAGAGGCUCUCUGGAUACUGUUGUGUCGUGCAAGUCUUUUUAUAGUCAUCAUAGGCCUGCCAGUAAUGCUCCUUCUUCACAUGCUCCAGCACAGGCUCUGAGCAAGAAUCGAAACAGCAGUGACAGCCAGUCUGAUGACAGUAACAGUGACGAGGAGUGGUUUCCUUCUAGUGUUCAAAUGGCCGCUACCAGCAAAUAUCGAGGUCAUGUCAGAGUACAAGGAGGUUCUGGUCGAGCUUCAAGUUCAAGUAGUCGGAAUGUCAGCAGGGCCUGUCAUUCACAUGAAGUUCCACUACAUGAUGCUCAACAGAGACCUGGUGACGCGAAAAGUCAGGCAUCGGUGGACAUCUACGGUUUGAGAAGUCGUGUGGAUUUUUUGAUGGAAAGUUUCGGUUCAUCGAGGUAUCAGACAAAAAAGUCCAGGGUUCAGAAGAGUUUGGAGAUAUUCCUGAAGCAUCUGGGUAAGGACGUAGUUACCUGUUCCCCAUAUGACAUUUGCUUAUACUUGGCGUGGGCCGAUGAGGAAGGAAAGACGGCGAUUCAUGUCACUCAAUGUACGGCUAUUGGCAGCAAGUCGCCGACUUGUAAUUGUCCGAGAAGACUCGCUUACGGUACGGUAAAAUCGACAAUAUCUCAGCUGAAGGCUAUUUUUGUAGAGUUAGGAAGACCAGACAGGUGGUCGUCUGGCGGUAAGGGAAAUCCGGUCAUCUCGGAUCAAGUUUCGACUUAUUUAAAGCAGAUCCGGGAGGAGCAAAGUAAAGGCCAUGUCAUGGUUACACAGGCAAAACCAUUGUUCAUGUCUAAAUUAAUCUUAAUUGCUAUGUAUAUGGACAGGCAGUUGGCCCGCCAGGAGGUCAGCCUCGAGAUUUACUCUUGCUAGGGACCAGGCUUUAUUCAAGUUAAUGUUUUUCGGCGGGGAUAGAGCACACGAUG